AUGGGAAUUGGCAUAAAGCCUGCAUUUCCUGAGAGCUUUCUUCACAAUCUCGGCAUCCCAUUAUCAUGUGCAGCAGGCUCUACGUAUAAUCAGGUCAUUUCGAAAAUGUAUCGUCUACCCAGUCUGGUUAUUGUGCUUUCCCUCGUUCUAUUUUCUUGGAGCUGCUGGUCAGCUCCAUUGAGCGCUGCUGUUGUUGAAAGAAGCGGUGUUCUUCCCAUUCUGGCAGGUAGUCCAGUAAUCUUUGGUCAAGGCACAUAUCCUCGGGCAAACGAUCUUUCUGGUCCGUCCUUGCCCGCUGGUAGUAUCAUUGGCGCCUACACUGCCUUCAAUGAUGGUGAUAACGUACUCAAGAUUGUCAUGAGCACCGACAACGGCACUUCAUGGCAAGGUAUUGGAGAAGUCACGAGAGGGUCAUCGACCGCAAACGACAUCGACAAUCCAUACGUCCUCCAACUUCCAUCAGGCCGCGUUCUCUGCACGUUCAGGAACCACUCCAAAGACCCCAAUACUGGAGUCUAUUUAUUCUUUCGCAUUACCGUGGCCUACUCAGACGACUUGGGCAAGACGUGGACAUUUCUAAGUACCCCAUCCUCGGAUCCUGGACCUGUCAACGGAAACUGGGAGCCUUUUCUCCGUAAUGCUCAAGACGGCUCGCUACAGCUUUACUACUCUCGUGAGAAUUCCGCUGCAGAUCAAGACACACUGGAGAAAUUCUCCACUGAUGGCGGUCAAACAUGGACAGAGGCCCAAACUAUUUCCGGGGCUGGCAUAACUUCACGUGACGGUAUGACAGGGGUGACAACUGUUAGCGGGACGGACUUGAGGGCAGUCUUUGAGAGCGAGGUAGAAGGAACCUUCAGUGUCCAAUCCAUCACUUCUUCCGAUGACGGCAAGACCUGGGGCAACCGCAGUACUAUCUAUACACCAGACAGCCCCAACACCUCCGCCGGCGCACCACAAAUCGUCAACACGGGCGGUACACUCUGUGUUAGCUUCAUGACGAAUGAAGAUUCCACUCUAGCUGCUCCUUCAGAUGGCUAUACCACGAACACGGCAGCAAAAUUAAUUACAAGCGGAGACGGGGGGCUGACUUGGGGUAAUAAGAUUACUGUCGGUCAGGUUUUGAGUGUGUGGCCAGGUCUGUAUGCUCUGGAAGGAGCAAGCUUCCUGAUGUUGUUCGACAACGGAGGGGCAAAAGCCCAAACUAUUGCUCUGAAUUAA